AUGCCUCAACCCCCCGAGUCUUCCAAAGUCGGGCCAGGCUCAAACAGCUCAAGACCUCGACGUUCAACGAUUCAACCAUCCGCGGUUUCUCAUUUUGGGGCAUCGGGCAAUCAGAGAGAUCGGUUACAGCAGCUGUAUCUCGAUGCAUCCACUACUUUCAAUGUGUUCAUGUCUGCUUGA